UUCCUGGCUUCUCGCUUUCCCUGUCGAGAUCGAUCAUGGCUUCUUCGUCGUCGUCGCCGGCUCAGGUGGCGUUGUCGUCGUCGGUGUCGACGGCCUCGGUUUCAUCGCCGUGCGCGGCGUGCAAGUUCCUGCGGCGCAAGUGUCAGCCGGAGUGCGUGUUCGCGCCGUACUUUCCGCCGGAUCAGCCGCAGAAGUUCGUGCACGUGCACCGGGUGUUCGGCGCCAGCAACGUGACCAAGUUGCUGAACGAGCUGCACCCGUACCAGCGGGAGGACGCCGUCAACUCCCUCGCCUACGAGGCCGACAUGCGCCUCCGCGACCCCGUCUACGGCUGCGUCAAGGUCAUCACCACGCUCCAGCACCAGCUCCGCCAGCUGCAGAUCGAUCUCUCCUGCGCCAAGUUCGAGCUCUCCAAGUACCAGUCCGCCGCCGCUCUAGCGCAACCUCCCACCUUGCCCUCCGCUGCUUUCCUCAACCAUCACAACCACGUCACGGGCUUCGGGUUCUGGCAGGAUCCGCUGGCCAGGGAUGUUCGCCAUUGCGUUAGCCAACACCAAUGGACGCUGAGAACUCCAAACGGCGACUCAGAUCUGACGGCCAGGGACGCAGGACUGGCGGCGGCGAUGAACGCCACCACUGCGGCCACCAUCGGCCUCUUCGGCACGCAGUACUCUAAGCACAGCGCCGCAGGCGGCCACGAGCGCUCCGGCGUUGGUCCCAUCUACAGAUCCAUGUUACCAGAUUAAACAUUUGUAGAACAUAUGGCUUGCUGAAGAUCAAAGUGAGAUAGAUAAAUCCCGAUUGACGAU